GGGCCGAGUUACCGCGGCCUGUCGGUCGCGUGCGAGGAGGGGGUGUCUUCCGGUUCAGCAGAGCUAGUCGCUGCGUUUGUUGAAGGACAUCUGCUGCGGAAUUUGUGAUUCGGACGAAGAUUGAAGUCAUGGCUGGUGCAGAAAGUGAUGGCCAAUUCCAGUUUACUGGUAUUAAAAAAUAUUUCAACUCUUACACCCUCACAGGUAGAAUGAAUUGUGUCCUGGCCACAUACGGAGGCAUUGCUUUGUUGGUCUUAUACUUCAAGUUAAGGCCUAAGAAAACUCCAGCUGUGAAGGCAACAUGAGUGGAUUUUGAACUGUCUGACCUCACCUGUUAAGUCCAUGCCUGAAGAAGCUGAUGUGAACUCAUCAUGUAAUACUCAAUUUGUACAAUAAAUUAUGAACCUGGAAAA